AACCAGGAGAAGACCAAACUGAAUAAAUUAGCAUUUCCACUAUGGGACUGGAUACAAAAAUUAAACAAGUAGAUUUAAAGUGUUUUAAACUGAAAAUAAAACACUUGCUGCUGACUUUAGUUUUUAACUUCUUUCAUGUUUUCCUAUGCCAAACCGGGGGAACCUUUUCUGAUUUUUUCUUCGGUAGCAUUCAGAGGAAGACCAGAGGAUGAAAAUCUUGCACUUUCUUACUUUAUUGCUUUGGCACUUUAGUUGGCUUUACCUUGCUCUCACUUCCUUAGUGCUGAGUCCUGCUGAAGCAAGCCAAGGGAAUCCAGGAUCCAAAUCAGGAUUGUCAAAAGUAGAUGGAAAAGAGAGAAACCCUUUGCCAAGGGCAGGUACCUUUAGAGCGGGAAGCCAUGGAUACAGUGCUGGGAAUCCAAAGUCCAGGACAAAAAGUAAUACUGCUCAAGCUGGAGCUCUCUUGGCAAAGACUGAGGAUUCAAAGAAGACUCUUUCUAAAGCAGGGAAUACAGACAAAAAGGUAGGACAUUCCACAAAUAGACAAACAGGAAUAAAGACAGUGACCCCAAAGAUUCAGAACUUUGGCUCCAAAGCUCCACAGAAGAAAACUGGUGCAGGGAAUUCAGACACCAGUUCCUACAAAACCAAAAAACCUAAAGAGCCUAUUGCUGAAAGGGAAUCUAAAGAAACAUUCAGACAUCCUGCUAUCACACCACAUGAGUACAUGCUCUCCUUAUACAAGACACUUUCUGAUGCAGAACGGAAAGGUGUUAAUGGAAGUGUUAAGUUGGAGACUGGACUUGCCAAUACAAUCACAAGUUUCAUAGACAAGGGUCAAGAUGACCGAGCUCCAGCUGUUAAAAAGCAGAAAUACGUUUUUGAUAUCAGCGCAUUAGAAAAAGAUGGCUUACUUGGGGCAGAACUGCGUAUUUUAAGGAAAAAACCUUCUGACACCUGGAAGCCUCAUUCCCGUGGGAAAACAUGCCAAGUGAAACUUUUCAGUUGCUCCACAAAUAGGCAAGCAUCCAUUCUCUUGGAUUCUCGGACAGUCAACAUUUUAGAUACUGCAAAAUGGGAAGUUUUUGACAUUUGGAAACUUUUUAAGAAUUUUAAAAACUCUGCUAACUUGUGUUUUGAACUGGAGGCUUUUGAAAGGGGGAGGCCUGUUGAUCUAAGGACUGUGGGAUUUAAUAGAACAGGGAGACAAGUCAAUGAAAAAGCUCUCUUCUUAGUCUUCGGUAGGACAAAGAAAAGAGACUUAUUUUUCAAUGAAAUAAAAGCCAGAUCUGGCCAGGAUGACAAAACUGUAUACGAAUACCUUUUCAAUCAAAGAAGAAAGAGGAGGGCUCCCCUCGCAAAUCGACAAGGAAAGAGGCCUAAUAAGAAUAUAAAGGCAAGGUGUACCAAAAAAGCACUCCAUGUGAAUUUCAAAGAUAUGGGCUGGGAUGACUGGAUAAUUGCCCCUCUCGAGUAUGAAGCUUAUCAUUGUGAAGGACUUUGUGAGUUUCCUCUUCGAUCUCAUCUGGAACCCACCAAUCACGCUGUCAUCCAAACAUUAAUGAACUCUAUGGACCCAGAGUCAACUCCUCCCACUUGUUGUGUUCCAACAAGACUGAGUCCUAUUAGUAUUCUGUUUAUCGACUCUGCUAAUAAUGUAGUCUAUAAACAAUACGAAGACAUGGUGGUGGAGUCAUGCGGUUGUAGGUAGCAGUGCAGGGUUUUUAAAAAAAAAUAUUGCCAUCUCUACCAGGCUUUUCCCAGUGGUUGACAAAAAGAAAGUGAACACAGAUGCUAAAUGAUCAUGAUAGCAUCAUCAAAAAUGGGCUGGGUGAGCAGUAGGUAAAGUGGCAUCUUGAUGUUGACAAGGAAAGCACACCUUUUUGUUAUGCUGACUCUCUGUUGCAAGAUCUGCUGUCAAAGCACAGAGAUGUAGUAUUGUGCAACACAGCAGACUAUGGUGGUUGUCACAUGGUUAAAUUAUUCACAGUCACACUCUCAUAUUCACCAUGCUCCUGUCUAAUCUAGUCAGCAGAUUUAAACAAAGGUAUGCAGUGCUGCUGCCCCAGAUGUUUGCCACCGUCAGCAUCUGAAAUAAUGCUGACUCAGUCAUGUAGUAUCCUUGAUCAGCUCACAAUGCAAAAUUGUAGGUUAUCAGAGCAGCAGUUGUUGCACUGCAUCUUAAAACAUGCUUAAUC